AUGGACUCCAAUGGGGUCAGGAGGAGGGACACCACAAAGGGCCCUCCCCUACGCAUUCUGUCUCUAGAUGGCGGAGGAGUCCGUGGUUACUCCAUGUUUAUCAUUCUCCAAGAACUUAUGCACCGUACCUUUGUCGAGAUCGAGGGGAGAGCCCCGCGGCGAAACGAAAUCCCUCGGCCUUGCGAUCAUUUCGACCUCAUCGUAGGAACCGGUACCGGCGGUCUUAUAGCCCUGAUGCUCGGUCGACUGCGCCUUGAUCUAGAGCAGUGCAAGGAACUUUACGUUAGGUUGACGCGCAUGGUCUUCGAAACCGACAAAACUAUCGCCGGCAUUCCCUACCGCUCGACCCUCUUCAAGGCCUCCAAGCUUGAGGAGGCUAUCAAGGAGGCUGUGAGGGAGCACACAGUGUAUCAAAAAGAGGGCAAUGACGGCACCGAGAACGAUGUUCUCAGCCCUCUCAGCGGCUACAACACCUCAAAUCCCCGGAGGCAUGCAAGCAACGCCAGCACUGUCAGCUUCAGCGCACGUAGCCCCCAGGCUCAGAUGGCACGCCCUGCCUUCAACUCGCGGUACGGUGACCCAAACGCGAGACUUUACGACGCAAGGGAGAACAGGACUAAAACCGCCGUCUUGGCAAUGUACAAAGGUUCCCGCAAGGGCAACCCCGCCGCCGUACUGCGAUCCUACGAUUCGAGAAGAGAGCCUCCGCCAGAGUUCGACUGCAAGAUCUGGCAGGCUGGACGAGCGACAUGUGCGAUCGGCCUAGCCUUCAAGCCCAUUCAAAUCGGGCAGUCCGUUUUUCACGAUGACGGUGGCGGCACCUUCAACCCUUCUCCCGAGGCUCUUGACGAAGCCGUAGUCAACGAAUGGCCGGGUCGCGAAGUCGGCGUGUUUCUCAGCGUUGGUACCGGCAGACGGCCCAAAGGAAGUGAUGCAAACUCCCAGAUGUGGUACGAAGGUUUCCUGGGAGAGUUUGCGGAAGCUCGCCGGAAGCUUAUCUCCAAGAUUGAGGGAUGUGAGGCUAUCCACGAGCAAAUGAGGAAAGAGCACUUAUUGAAGCGGAACGUCAACGUCGAAAACUACUACCGUCUUAAUGUGGAGGUUGGCGUCGGCGAGUUUGGUAUGAACGAAUGGCAUCGCCUGGCCGAAAUCAGUACGAGCACACGGCAAUACCUGAGGCGGGAGGUCGAGCAGAAAAUGAUUCAAGGUGCUUCUGCGAAGAUGGCCAAGAUUCACAAAGCGAACAUCAGGUUCUCACGCCUACCAGAAGUCCCUGAACUGGUCAAGUCAAAUUCGGAGACGACUGAGCCAAUGUCGUUUGCGGUAGAAUUGCCAGCCGAGAUUCCUACAUCGUGGCCGCCACACAACACACCGCCCAGCCGUCAGUCUUACGAAUCUGGCUCUGAGCACUUGCACAUUCCCUCACCAAUGAGUCCUUCACCAAGAAGUUCCGGCGAACGGCUGCAACCAUCGUCGUCACCACGGCCCGAGCAACGGCCCCUACCCCCGGCGAAGGACGAUGAGAUUGAUAGACUUGUUGUCACUGCGCCCACCCCAGCGCAGUAUCGCUACGCAGCAGGCGCUGAUAAGAUUGCUAUCAUGAGCCCGGAUGAACAUCCACGAUGGCAGAACCAGCCUUACAAUAACGGUCCGGUCCAGCAAUCACAACAGCCACAGCGUAUUCCACCACCGCUGCCUCCCAAGACACCACUCCCGGAACAUCAGGCAGCCGGAGGCCGUCGUCCUGUUGGCUCGUCGCCCCUACCCUAUCCAGUGGAUGACGAGCCUCCACCAGUGAAUAUGGCUAGAAAACCGGAUUACCGCGGGAGGUAA